AGAGAGAAAGAGAAACACAAGUGGCGGGAUUCCUGCAUGCAAACGAUAUUUAGCGGCGAUCCGAGAGCCUCGCUGUCUAUCUUUCUCUCUCUCUCCUUUAGCUCUUUGUUUUCACGGGAAAGCGAAGCCAAACAACAAUUAAACCCUUUCAUCUCAUCAAUGCCUCUUUUCCCUUCCCCUUUCUCUCUUUUAUCUCCUUUCCUUUUCCUUUCUUUUCACUUCUCUUUCUCUCAUCUCAUUACAUUGCACGAUUGAUAUCGGGAUGUGGGUUUGAAAAAGAUUUUUCAGUGAAGGGGAAGGAGAGGUCUAAAUUAUAAUGGAGAAGAAGAAGUAUCCAAUUGGACCGGAGUAUUAUAUUCUGCAUGAGGAGGUCGGGCAGGGUGUUAGUGCUUCUGUGCGCCGUGCUCAUUGUAUACCCUUUGAUGAAGUUGUUGCAAUAAAAAUUCUAGAUUUUGAACGUGAUAACUGUGAUCUGAAUAACAUUUCUCGUGAGGCACAAACAAUGGUCUUGGUUGACCAUCCAAAUGUUCUUAAAUCUCAUUGCUCCUUUGUUAGCGAUCAUAAUCUAUGGGUUGUCAUGCCAUACAUGUCUGGGGGAUCUUGUCUUCAUAUACUAAAGGCUGCAUAUCCAGAUGGUUUUGAGGAGGUUGUUAUAGCAACUGUACUUCGUGAAGUGUUGAAAGGUUUAGAGUAUCUUCAUCAUCAUGGGCACAUACAUCGGGAUGUUAAAGCUGGGAAUAUUCUUAUUGACUCCCGCGGUGGAAUCAAGUUGGGGGACUUCGGUGUUUCAGCUUGCAUUUUUGAAUCAGGUGAUAGGCAACGCCUGAGGAAUACAUUUGUAGGGACACCUUGCUGGAUGGCACCUGAGGUUAUGGAGCAACUACAUGGUUAUGAUUUCAAGGCGGAUAUCUGGUCGUUCGGUAUAACUGCACUAGAGCUUGCUCAUGGCCAUGCUCCUUUUUCAAAAUAUCCUCCAAUGAAGGUAUUGCUUAUGACCUUGCAAAAUGCACCUCCUGGCCUGGAUUAUGAAAGAGAUAAGAAGUUUUCUAAGUCUUUCAAGCAAAUGAUUGCUAGUUGCUUGGUGAAAGAUCCUUCAAAAAGACCUUCAGCGAAGAAAUUAUUAAAACAUUCUUUUUUUAAGCAAGCGAGGUCAAGUGAUUAUAUAUCACGAACACUUCUAGAUGGAUUGCCUGCUCUUGGUGACCGUAUCCAAGCUUUGAAGAGAAAAGAAGAAGAUAUGCUUGCUCAAAAGAAAAUGCCAGAUGGUGAAAAAGAAGAACUAUCACAGAAUGAAUAUAAACGUGGGAUAAGUGAAUGGAAUUUCAAUCUUGAGGAUGUGAAAGCUCAGGCUUCCCUGAUUCAGGAUGAAGAUGUUAUAUCCGAAACUACCCAGGGAGGGAGUUCAAGUUCUUUGUCUACUCUUGAUGGACAAGAGAAGCAAUCAGAACUGCACACCUCUUCUCAGGCCACAUAUAAAGAAGAUAAUGAUCUGGUCCUGAAUCAGCCAGUUUCUUUUGCAGCUGUUGAACCAACAACAAAUUUUGCCAAAGCUAGAUCUGAAAGAUCUGAUGAUGACUCGAGCAUUGCUAGUCCCACCAAUGAACUGAAUGUGAUUUCCCUUUGUCAUGAUGAUCAUCUUGAAAGUAAUCCGAGUGAAAAGCAUGUUUUGGAACUCAAUGGAAAAUCUCUUGAUAACAUGACCAAACCUUCUCUUCAAAGUGAUAAGCAAAACCAGUCCCAGAAUAUUUCUGGUGUCAAUGGAGUGGCAGUAAAAGAGGAUACUAUUUCAGAGCUUCCUUCUAAGGCAUCUACUAAAUCAUCAGCAAUGAACAGUGAUGAUCUAGAUGAGAAAGCAAAGCCACCUGUUGUUCAGCAAAGGGGUCGUUUUAAGGUUACCUCUGAAAAUGUGCAAUUAGAGAAGUUGAUGGACCCACAUCCUUUAGUGUCAGCAGCAGCACCAUCUGAUGCUGUUUCAUCAUCAACUCCUGUAGCUGCUUCAUCAUCAACUCCUGUUGCCACACCAUCAGCUUCUUCAUCCAAUCAACUUUUCCCAUUAUUGCAAUCCGUUUUGCAGACAAACAUUCUUCAAAGGGAUCAUAUUCUUAAUCUGAUGAAGCAAGUUUCUGCUGGUGACUCUAUAGCCAACCGCCCAUUCGAGGGAGCUUCCAUGCCAGCUAAUGUCUCAACUGUCACAGAGAAAUCUUUGUUGGAAGUAGCUCAUGAUAGGGAGAAGGAGUUGCUUCAUGAAAUAUCCGAGUUACAGUGGAGGCUCAUUUGUGCCCAAGAAGAACUGCAAAAAUAUAAAACAGAUAAUGCUCAGGUGUAAUUUUAUUUCCACCCGGCGCACGGAUGGAGGUAGAACUGAGCUCUUAAACCAUAUGAUCCUAACAGAAGCUAGAAAGAGACGAUUCGAAACAAUUAUGACCGACUGCAAAUGAGGUCAUAGUCUAAGGAAAAGGAAAGGAGGAGAGGAGUUGUAGAGGUUGAGAUUCGAAUUGUAAAUCUAUUGGACACUGAAUUUUAAAGGUGAUUGCAUAAUUGGAUUAAGCUUCUGGUUUGUAGCACGAUACUCUUUUUGUAUCAUAUAUAGGUUGUUUCACAGUAUUGGCUGAAAAGAAAAUUUAUUCCCCAAA